UUCAGGUUUUCAGGGCGAAUUCCUGUUCUAUGAAUAAUCAAGCAGAAACACUAUUGUCAAGUAAACGUGAGCUGAAAUGUCUGGAGAAGGAAGUUGGAUCGAAACUGCGAGUUUUUUCAGAUUUUCCAAGACCGGGGAUUAAAUUUAUAGAUGUGAUGCUAUUGAUGCGCCAUCCACUAUUACUUGAAGAAUUAUGUGCAGCAAUAGCUGAGCAUGCUCGUGCUGAAAUACCUGUCAAAAUAGAUGCUGUUGCUGGCUUGGAAGCUCGUGGUUUCUUAUUUGGUCCCCAAAUUGCCAUGAUAUUGAAGGUGCCCUUUGUUCCGAUUAGAAAAAAAGGCAAACUACCAGGGAAAACACACAAAGAAAUCUAUCAGAAAGAAUAUGGCGAAGAUGUAAUCGAGAUACAAGAAGAUGCAAUCAGUCAGGGUUCAAAAAUAUUAUUAGUGGACGAUGUUUUAGCAACGGGUGGUAGUUUAAAAGCAGCUAUAUCACUGGUUGAAAAAGCUGGUGGCGACGUAGCUGAAGCGUUCACAUUAAUCGAGCUUGCUUACCUAGAACCACGGAAACAUCUGCCAGAACAUGUCUCUAUUUAUUCUUUCAUCACUUUGACUGAGUGAGAGUCACUAACAGAUUGUUCGCGUGACUAAUUUGUCAACAAUUUGUAGAUUUAAUUUAGAUCGGCGAAUUUUUGCCUGAUGUUAUUAUUGUAUCCUGUUCACAUAGAUGCGUAAGAUUCUUGUUCACUUUGAAAUAAAUAUUAUUGUAAUAUUGUCCUAAACAUUGUGUUUAAAGAAAAG